GCCAGAAGGUGGCUCCUGAGAGCUUGCCGUAUUCGCCGAAAGCCGCGAAGAAGGUUUCAUGGCAGGGAUGAACGGCAUCCAGAUUGCAAUGACGGACACCAACUACGAAGAAGCGAGCGAGUGCUCUGUGUGUUUGAAGGGGUUCCAUCCCUUCCGACACAAGCACCGAUGCAAGUCGUGCGGGCAUGCCGUGUGUCGAUCGUGUGCAUCGUCUCAAAAGAAAUCGUCUCGCAUGCCCAAGAACGAAUCGAUGCGCAUUUGCGACAAGUGCGUUCACCAGGAACAAGAAGAACUGGCUGAGCGAACGCGCCGACUCCAAAUUGAGAAUGCGCGCGUCCGACAGCUAGCUGAAAUGGAAGCCAUCCAGCGCCAAGCGAUCGAGUCGCAACGGGUAUUGAAAGAGGAAGCCGCGCGACGAAAGGUACGCGCGCUUUCCCCCCACGUUCUCCCAACCACUGACGAUCCUACGACCCAUCGUGGUGUUCAGAAAGCGGCGUACGACGCCCUCGUGCUCAAACAUUUUGGGGACGAACGUUUGUCGGUGAAACGACUUGUCCAACGGCGCCAAAGCUUCGACGCCAUCCAUCCUUCGCAGCACUUCAGCCAAGCGCGAAAGGACUGGGUGCUGGAGCUCGUCCAACGCGCCGACGACGUUCAGUUCGCCGUGGCCAACCCUUCCGCGAUCACCCAGGUGGAAUCAAUCUCGGAAGAAUGCGCGAUUUGCUUGGACGUGCUGGAGGCCGGCAAUGCCAUUUACACGACCGCGUGCGGCCAUUCAUUCCAUUGGAGCUGCUUGAAGGACAUCAAACAAUCGUCAUCCACCAACUCGGACCACUGCCCAUCCUGCCGGUCCAGCUUGACCGAAGUGCAAAUUAAAAAGAAAUGCGACCACCCCCGCGUUCGCGCCACGCAUAAAUUUUGCCGCGACUGCGGCGAGCCUGUGACGGCAGCAGACAUCAAACACCGUCCAGAGGAAGCGGGGACGACUGCUCCACGCAGCCAACCGCCAACUCGAUCGCCAGCAUCUGGGGGGGCCUUGAGCGGCGCCACGUACCGCGCUGGAUCGCAAGGGGCGUUGGUGCAAUGUCCGCAAUGCCGAAUUCAAAUGCGGGUGCUUCCGCAUAUGUACAACAUGCGAGUGGCCUGCCCUCAAGGACACAUGUUUCAGGUACAAGUAGCGCCGACGUCCAGUGGAGUGAGCAACAACGCACCAGCGUAUUCCAACUCGAAUGCGCGCGGUGGCUACCCCGGGACGUCGUACCAUCGUGGAUAACGAUAAAAAUCAAAGAAAAAUGCAUGUUUCCAUCAUGGCUUGUACGGUUGAUGUAAUCGCACCGACGUGGAGUCGACUAUCAAACGACGAUUCACCCUUGAGUUUGCUGGAGUUUUACAGCCUCUUGCUUGAAGUCUCGAAUUGCCUUGACCUUUGCCUUCUCCUGCAUUUGUUGAACGUCUUUGAUUGCAUUUUCAUGAAUGUUUCGCACGUGUCUACAUUCCAUUUAUAUCCAUGAGCAAAGAAAAUAAUGGAUGGAGUCAUAGUGGAGGGAUAUGUUACUCCAUUUCGUCGGUGACAGCGUCUGUCAUUCGCUUGAGUCGCUUUGUCGAUUUCUCGUAAAUGGCAUGGUUCACUUUGUAAAACGACUCCAGUUGUCGAUUGGUUUCGUCAAUUUCGGUGUCGAUUUGCCCUAGCAAUUGCUCGUACUUGACUCGCAUCGACUCUUCAAUGUCUUCCUUCGUGGCGACGAGGUGCGCCUUCAGCGUCUUCGUCGCGCUGCGAAUCAACGGGUUCAUCGGCACUGGUUUCUCGACGAUCUCCACAGGAGACCAUCCCCUCUUCGACACUCCUGUGUAGCUGCCCAGUCCUUUGUCUUGCUUCCGACUCCCAUGCUUCCUGCUGUUGUCCAUGAUGUGGGUGUUUGACGGGGGGGUGGAAUUGGAAAUGAAGAUCCUUCUCUG